AUGGGGAAUUUCGGAUCGACCGGUUCUAGGGUUUCUGGAAACGGAGAGCCAGCUGUUUUAGGUCACCUGAACGGUGGUUCUGAUGACAAUUUGAAGGAAAACGAUGCUAAGAUGGAGAAUGUUGUUAACGACUCUGGACCAAUCGAUGAUUGUGUGAUGAGUGAAGCUUCUUCGUUAGUGAAUUCGAAGGAAAGAGAUAAUUUUGAAGAAGAAGAAGAGUUUGAAGAUGAAGAUGAAGAAGAGUUUGAAGAUGUAGAUGAAGAUGAAGAAGAAGAGAUUGACGAUGAAGAUGAAGAUGAAGAUGAAGAAGAAGAAGAAGAAGAGAAUGACGAUGAAGUUGAAGAAGAAGAAGCGAAUGACGAUGAAGAUGAAGAAGAAGAAGAAGAGAAUGGGUUCCAAGUGGGAGACUUUGUGUGGGUAGAAGAAGUCAAUUGUCAUAAAUGGUGGCCCGGGAAGGUUUAUGAUUCAUCAGAUGCUUCAGACUUGGCUUUGAAGCAAAUCGAGAGAGGUAGAUUACUUGUGGCGUAUUCUGGGGAUGAGAAGAAUUUCGCCUGGUGCAAUCCAUCGCAACUGAAACCGUUUCUGGACAAUUUCAAAGAGUUUUCCAAGACGAGUGGUUCAAGAGGCUUUCUCAGAGCUGUGGAAGAAGCUGUGAGAGAGAUUGGUGAACAUGUUGAGCAUCUGUUGGUCUGUGAUAAGGCGGCUCUGGUUAGUACUACUCCUGUAGCUGUGAAUUCCGGGAUAAGAAGAGGAGUUCUUGUGCCUAGUGUUAGAAGAGAGAUUGUGUGUUCUUUGGUUCUUGAAAAACCUGGCAUAGUUCUUGAAGAUGUUAAAAGCCUUGCGGUGACGGUUGGUUUCAGUGAUUUGGUAGAGACUGAGGUUUUGAGGAGGAAGAUAUCGGCUUUGUAUUGGCGUAGAGGAAGGUUUGGUUUGGCUGAGUUUGGUGAAGAGGGAUAUAUCAUAGGACUUGAAGACAGAGAAGAUGAAGUUCUUGACAAGUCUUCUUGCCAGGUGAGAUCAUUGAGAAAGUGCUCUGUGAUGAUUGCUAGUAAGAAGAGGAAGUUUGGUGAUGAAGUUAGUAAAGUUGAUGUUGAUGAUGUAGCAACUACUGGCUCUACUAAUUUGAGGAGAAGACUGAGUGAGGUUUCUAAGAUUGAAAACGGUGAUAUGAAGCAAGUGGAAGAAGUUAGUAAUGGCAAGAGUAGGAAGAGGAAGAACAGAAAGUGUGUGGAUGAUGAUGAUGAUGGGGUUGAGAGAAGAGAAGAAUCAAACGACUCAAACCAUUUGGAAGAGAGUGAGAAGAAGGAGGAAAUAGCUAUUGAUUUGUUAACUCCAUUGGCUUCACUCUGCAAAAGGGUAAAGGUUGAGGUUUCUCCAGUUGCUGAAAUGAACAGUGGAAGUGGCGAGAGUUUGAUGCAAACAGGUAAGAGGGAGAGGAAGAAAAGCAAGUAUCUGUCUCCUGAGUACAUGACAGAUUUUGGUUUGAGAGGGAGAAGGAUCAAGAUCGAGUCUGAGUCAAGUCAGAUCAAAGUAACAGAGCGAAUGACGAAGAAUACAGAUGAAAAGGUGAUCAAUCUCGUGAGAUUUGGAGCUACACCAGAGGAAAUGCUGAAGCUAAUCCGUGAAGCAGCUCUUGGUACAGAAUAUUUUGAAGAGGAUAAUAGCUCGAGUGAAAUGAUAAGAGAGUUUGUGUCCAUUUACCGAAGCUUUACAUAUCAUGAUGGGGCCAAUAGCAACAUUCACAAGAGAAACAUUUCAGAUGAAGAGAAGCAGCAAACCAGAAAUGAAGAAAUGGAGAAGAGAAAGAGAGAAGAUGAGAAGGGGAUUUCAGGUGUUGAGGUAUUUAUCAAGACUGAAGAAGAUGAAACCGGAGGUAGAGAGGGUGUAAUGGAAAUAGAGUGUUUGAAAGAGAAGCUAGAGGAGAUGAGAGGAUUGCUGGAUCAAUCAGAGGGAGAGAUUACAGAAGAAUUGAAGAGGAAACUUGUAGAUGGAUCAAGAAACUUGCUGGACAAGGUAAGCAAGAUGAUUGUCCGUUCGUCUUAA